CUCUGUCCUUUCAAAAGCCUAUGGCUUUCUCAUCUUGCCCACACCUCUGGGGGUAGGGUCUGUAUGGUUUCCUUUCUUUUAUCUGUCUUCAACACCCAGUGGGUAUGACCUGGGGACAACCAGUCACAGCUCUGCAGAGGUUACUGUGACUUGGCUCCUGAAGCAUCUGUCCACAACUUAGGAACUCACACAGCUUUUGGCCUGAGCCCCCGUUACCAAGAGAAAGGAGGUUUUUGCCAAGGACUCCAAGGGGAGUGCACUCGAUGUUGGUCGGGACCCAAGGCACCCAGCCCUCCCUAAGACAUUGUGUGAGUUGGGCUGGGCCUCAGACACGGCCCCCACUGCCCCACCCCAGCCAGGGUGGUGCUUCAGUGGGAAAGACUUUAAAUCCAGCUGCCAGACCCCUGGACGGGAGAAGGAGAGAGGGCUGGCCACCAUGCACAGCUCCUGCAGUUUCCUGAUGCUUCUGCUGCCGCCGCUGCUGCUACUGCUGGUGGCCACUGCGGGCCCCGCUGGAGCCCUCACAGAUGAGGAGAAGCAUUUGAUGGUGGAGCUGCACAACCUCUACCGGGCCCAGGCAUCCCCACCCGCCUCGGACAUGCUGCACAUGAGAUGGGACGAGGAGCUGGCCGCCUUUGCCAAGGCCUACGCACGGCAGUGUGUAUGGGGCCACAACAAGGAGCGCGGGCGGCGCGGCGAGAACCUGUUCGCCAUCACCGACGAGGGCAUGGACGUGCCACUGGCCAUGGAGGAGUGGUUCCACGAGCGCGAGCACUACAACCUCAGCGCCGCCACCUGCAGCCCGGGCCAGAUGUGCGGCCACUACACUCAGGUGGUUUGGGCCAAGACAGAGAGGAUCGGCUGCGGUUCCCACUUUUGUGAGAAGCUCCAAGGUGUCGAGGAAACUAACAUCCAAUUACUGGUGUGCAACUAUGAGCCCCCGGGGAACGUGAAGGGGAAACGGCCCUACCAGGAGGGAACUCCGUGCUCCCAAUGCCCCUCUGGCUACCGCUGCAAGAACUCCCUCUGUGAACCCAUCGGAAGCCCGGAAGAUGAUCAGGAUUUGCCUUCCCUGGUAACUGAGGCCCCAUCCUCACUGGCAACUGAAGCCUCAGACUCUGGGAAAAUGGGUACUCCUUCUUCCCUAGCAACGGGGAUUCCGGCUUUCUUGGUAACAGAGGUCUCGGGCUCCCUGGCAACCAAGGCUCUGCCUGCUGUGGAAACCCAGGCCCCAACUUCCUUAGCAACGAAAGACCCUCCCUCCAUGGCAACAGGGGCUCCACUUUCUGUAACAACUGAGGUCCCUUCCAUUUUGGCAGCUCACAGCCUGCCCUCUUUGGAUGAGGAGCCAGUUACCUUCCCCAAAUCGACCCAUGUUCCUAUCCCAAUAUCAGCAGACAAAGUGACAGACAAAACAAAAGUGCCCUCCAGAAGCCCAGAGAACUCUCUGGACCCCAAGAUGUCCCUGACAGGAACAAGGGAUCUCGUGCCCCAUGCCCAGGAGGAGGCUGAGGCUGAGGCUGAGGCUGAGGCUGAGGCUGAAGGUGAGGCUGAGGCUGAGUUGCCUCCUUCCAGUGAGGUCUUGGCCUCAGUUUUUCCAGCUCAGGACAAGCCAGGUGAGCUGCAGGCCACACUGGACCACAUGGGGCACAUCUCCUCCAAGUCCCUGCCCAAUUUCCCCAAUACCUCUGCCACCACUAAUGCCACCGGUGGGCGUACCCUGGCCCUGCAGUCAUUCUUGCCAGGUGCAGAGGGUCCUGACAAGCCUGGCGUCGUGUCAGGGCUGCACUCGCACCCUGGUCACGUGUGGGGCCCUCUCCUGGGACUACUGCUCCUCCUUCCCCUGGUGUUGGCUGGAAUCUUCUGAAGGGGAUACCACUGAA